UUUCUCGCUCUGUUCACAAACCGAGGUGGUUGAAAUUUUGUGUCUUCUAUAUAAUAAUAAUGAUACUCAUCUUUCAUCAAUAUCUGCCCAAAUACCAUUUGUAUUAUCUCUUACCUCCCUUUCUCUCUCUUCCAUGGCGACUAUCUCUAAGCUUUCUAACCCUAUUGCGCCAUGUUCGUCGCAUUUCAACACCAGAUCUUCAUCAUCUACUCAACUCCUCAGAAAUUCUUUAAUUUUUGAUGUUAAUUCGAAAUCGCUCUUCAAAUCUGGAUUAUCCUCUUCUCGAUUGUCCUCGCAAUCCAAUCGCGCUUCUUCCUUUCCUUUUCUCGUUAAGUGCUCACAAUCCAGUGGAAAUGGAAGCGCUGUAAAGAGGACUACUCUGCAUGAUUUGUACGAGAAAGAAGGACAAAGUCCUUGGUAUGACAAUCUUUGCAGGCCUGUUACUGAUUUGCUUCCUUUGAUUGAUAAUGGUGUUAGAGGCGUCACCAGCAAUCCUGCGAUUUUCCAGAAAGCUAUUUCGUCUUCUGAUGCUUAUAAUGAUCAAUUCAGUGAACUUAUUAAAUCCGGAAAGGACAUUGAGAGCGCUUACUGGGAGUUGGUAAUCAAGGACAUUCAAGAUGCAUGCAAACUUUUUGAGCCAAUAUAUGAUCAAACUGAUGCAGCUGACGGUUAUGUUUCGGUUGAAGUUUCUCCUAGACUUGCAGAUGACACUAAAGGUACUGUAGAGGCUGCUAAGUGGCUUCACAAAGUGGUGAAUCGGCCUAAUGUGUACAUAAAGAUUCCAGCCACUGCUCCUUGCAUACCUUCAAUCAAAGAGACCAUUGCCAAUGCUAUAAGUGUCAAUGUUACUCUCAUUUUCUCUCUUUCUAGGUACGAGGCCGUGAUGGAUGCAUAUAUAGAAGGUUUGGAAGCUUCUGGUCUUAGUGACCUCUCCAAAGUGACAAGCGUCGCUUCCUUUUUCGUCAGCAGGGUUGACUCCUUAAUUGACAAGAUGCUUGAAAAGAUUGGAACACCAGAAGCUCUUGAUCUCCGUGGGAAGGCUGCUGUCGCGCAAGCAGUUUUGGCAUUCCAACUCUAUCAAAAGAAAUUCUCCGGUCCUAGGUGGGAGGCGUUAGUUAAAAAAGGUGCCAAGAAGCAGAGGCUACUAUGGGCUUCCACUAGUGUCAAAAACCCAUCCUAUCCCGACACUCUCUACGUUGAUCCGUUGAUUGGACCUGAUACUGUUUCAACAAUGCCUGAUCAGGCACUUCUUGCAUUUAUUGACCACGGAACUGUCUCAAGAACAAUUGACGCAAAUGUUUCCGAGGCUGAGGGCAUUUACAGUGCACUUGAGAAGUUGGGAAUUGAUUGGACCCAGGUUGGAUCGCAGCUGGAAGUCGAAGGAGUUGAUUCAUUUAAGAAGAGUUUCGACAGUCUGCUUAAUACCCUGCAAGACAAAGCCAACUCUCUGAAAGUAAACCUUUAAGUGUCAUUUUGUAUGAUCUUGAUGAAUUUAUAAGCAGUUCUAGUGAGUUUUCUUGUGCUUUUUUUUUUUUGGAUUGUUUAAGAAUUUCAAUAAACUGGCUGUCUUUGCCGACAUUUGGCUUUACAGUUUCUCCAUAAUUUGAAAGUUUGUGGAGAAUAUAUUAGGUCGGCAUCAAACUCGGAAAGAGUCAUCACGAGAAAUUUGGAAAAUAGAUGUUUAUGGAAUGAAAUUAUGAAACCAUUACAUUA